UCUGCUCGUGUUCCUCUCCCUUCAUCUCUGCAGCGAUUUGAACACUCAGCCAAACUUCGGCGGAAGAUCACCACAUAUGUGUCGUUCCCCCUGGAGCUGGACAUGACGCCCUUCAUGGCCUCCAGCAAAGAGAGCAGGAUGAAUGGGCAGUACCAGCAGCCCCUGGACAGUCUCAACAAUGACAACAAGUACUCCCUGUUUGCUGUUGUUAACCAUCAAGGGACCUUGGAAAGUGGCCACUACACCAGCUUCAUACGGCAGCACAAAGACCAGUGGUUCAAGUGUGAUGAUGCCAUCAUCACCAAGGCCAGCAUCAAGGAUGUGUUGGACAGCGAAGGGUACCUACUCUUCUACCACAAACAGUUCCUGGAAUAUGAGUAGCCUCCUGCCCUGCUGGACAGGAAAAACAAAAAGAACAAGUUGGCAAGCUCUCCGACAUGACCCCUGGUCUCCCCACAUCAGAACACCAUGGUAACCCUCCUGUGCAGACGUGCCUCACACGUGGCCCCUCUGCACUAGGAGAUGUCAGGGUGGCCAUGAGCUAUAAGAUUGAGUGGAGCAUGCCCUUGGUGGACAGGAGCUGAAGGGCCGCCUCUUCUCAACCUUGUGGUAUGCUGAGGGUGGAUGUCCUCAGAGCAGACCAGCCUCUGCCUAGUGCUUCACCCUGUCAUCCCACACGGUUUAAAAAGCACCUACAUCGUUGAAAAUGAGCCCAUUAAGGCUGUAGAGUGGGCAAAGUUGAUGCCAGAGGGCAGACUGUUUGCAGCAGCCUUCUGUGUUUUGUGGCAUUAAGGGCAGGGAGUGUGCCUGUUCUUUCUAAGGUUGUAAAAUAGCCCUGGGCCCAGGUUGAGGCCACCCACAGGCUAGAAACAUCUGUCCUACAGAUAACUUAGCAUCAACUGCAUGUGGAAACAUCAGCCCAGAGAUUCUCUUUGUUUUCUAGAAAUAGGCAUCUUAUCUCUACCCCUUGCUCUUUUCCCACAAUAGUGAAUUUCAUAAAUGUGAUAGUAGUAAAGUGAAUGAUUACCGAGUUUAUAUGGAAGUCUAGGUGAUCCUCUUUCCUCUGAAAGCAGAUUGUCUUGCUUUUUGAUCCGUGCCAUUUGCUUGCCCUGUGCUCUGCCUUCUACAUGGCUGGUGGCCAGGCAGUGGAUCUUUGCAGUAGAUGGAAUAUGCCUUGGUGGCUCCAUUGAUCCAAUCUUCCCACAUCCCUUCUUGGUCUUUGGUCCUUUUGCCUGCGCAGGUGGUUUAGUGGCCCUGUGAGAUUUGUGGCUGAGUGGUCCAGGUUGGAGGCUGCAUUGCACUAUGUCCUCCACUGUUCCACGUUUGCUAUAGUUUCAGUUACAGCCAGAAUAAAAAGGCUUGGUGACCAGUUCUGCUCACAGGGUCAGUCAUGAAGUUUCUUGUAAGAUAUUUUGCAUGUGUCUUUGGACAAGGCUUAGGUUGUCUAUUUCUAAGAAAUUAAAGUCUAGGGUCUCAAUGCUUUCUCUUUACACCACUGCCUUUUCAGUGGUGCUUGCCCAGGAACCUAUGGGCACAUUACCCCAGGAGUUUCAGGACCAGCAAGUAUUUCCUAAGCCAGGCUCUGAGCUAUAGCUCUACAGCAGGUAUCAUGUGCAUCAUUCACGCAUAGCGUGUACAGCUGUGUUCUGAUUGUCCUUUAUUUACACACCCAAAAUUUGAAUUACAUAGUUAUCAUGUAGGCAGAAUUUUUUUGAACUAUUUGAAGAUAAGAGGACUUUUCUUCACUGAUAGGCUGCAAAAUGCAGGGCAGGUUCUAGCCCAGCUCCCUAGUCCGUUGUGAUGGGAUAGGGUAGCUAUGGCAGAGUUAAGUGGUGCUGUUCAGUCAGUGUGAAAUCCCCUUCAGGAGCCAAGGACAACUAACCCUCCUGUACAGUGUGCUCACUCGCCAUGUUCUCUGCUGUUGUGUUCUUGUUUCUGCAUUUAGAGUAGAGGACAACUUGAAGCAUGUUUUAGAAGAAGCCCAUUUUAAAAAAUGUGGGUGGGCUCAGGUUCUCAGGCAUGGACCCAUGUUUGUGGACUCAGCUGUGGAGAUGCCCUUGGGGAGUCAUAUUCUUGUGUUUGUGAAUACCCAGAGGAAAGAGUUCUCUGCAGUUGGCCUAGAGGAACCAGAGCCCAACUCCUCCUGAAGGUCUGUCUCCUUGACACUCUGGUGGAUGGGGCAUCCAGAAGCAGGGGAAAUGAGCAGGUGUGCUGGCCAGGCCUGCUUCCUCUGUCCCCAGAGCACACAGCCCAUCUCUCCCUGAAUUCGGGGCACUGAGGAGGACAGCACCUGUUUUCUGUCAGCCUGACUUUAACCUUUUCUAUCCAAAUGUAUUUCCCUUCUUUACCAUGGACAACAUUCUAAGCACCGCACUCUGUGCCCGUGGCAAGGAGGCCAACCAACUCUGACUGCCACACAUCUAUCUGGCCCUCCCUCUGUGUCCUGUGACCUUCAGCAUGAUGUCUCAGAUAGACAGGCAUGUGUGGAUGACUGAGGAGCGGCAGAUUAGAGCAGUGGGCUUGGGAAGGUCUUCCAGUUCUGCCUUUAGAUAACAAGGCAGGAAAAGGAUUUCCCACCCAAGGACCAUCCAGUGUAGGUGCUCAGAUGGGCAUGAAGUGUGUCUCAUCACAGGGCUGUAUUGCCCAGCCCCAGUCUUCCCAUAUACCACUGGUCCCAGCCUCACAGGAGGCCAGACCAGCCCUCUUCAGAUGUCUUCAGUGCAGGAGGUAGAAUGGGGUCUGCAGUUCCUCUCUUCAUCCCAGGAGCCCCCUCAAGCUGGGCACAGGCCUGAGCGCCCUACACCAUGGGAACCUGAGUGCUGUUGUGUUUGGCUUGGUAUGUAUGCUUUUCCUUGUGUAAAAUUAUUGUUCUUUUUGACAAGUGGCUUGUUUCAUUUAUUAUAGCUUUGAAAUCCUUUUGUGAGGGGAAAAAUAUUCAAUGAUUGUACUGUAGUUAGAAGUUUUAUUACCAAGACAUUUAUGUCACUUUCUCCCCUGUCAUUUUGAGGGGCUUGACUGUCUCCCUGGUGGCUUUUAGUCUUUACUAUAUCCUAAUAAAGCUGCAUUUUAUUCUGAAACUGA